UCUGAGCGUUGGAUGCGAUGUCAACUGUUCCUUGGGGGUCAGACAGUUCGCCAUCGUCGGCGUCCAAAUGCAUGGAACGCGUUCGUUCGUCAACGACUCAAUGAUAUAAAUGAAGGUACGUGCCUAUCGAAGGGCGACUGUUGGAAACUUAUGGAAUUCAUCGACUCUCACAAAGAAACUCUGCGCGUCGACUAUGCAAGACUCUCCCACGCUCAAAAGAAUGCUUUUGAGGUUGAGAUCAUGAAGAUGCAUGCCUCCAAGCAACGCAUGGUCCAUGAUAACCCGAAGGCAGUCCAGCGCGACAUGCAGGCCACUUUCGCUGCUAUGGACCAAGAGCAUUUGCUGUCUCUGGCCUUGGUACGUUUCUAUACUCUAGCUAAUCUGAUUUUUUUGACGAUAUUCUACUGGCCGGUAGCUGAGGAUGUAUCCGCUAUAUCAACCCAGAAAAAAUCCCUCAACAAGCUAAUUAGCGAGUGUCGGACGCACAUCCAAGAUGAGCUUGGUGAGCAUUAUCUCUACAGAACUUUAUCAUGCAUGAAAACAAACUAUAACAACUAUGAGCAUGCUAUUGUUGAACAUCACAGUGUGGCGCUUGAUGGU